AAUAAUAAACAGUGACGGAGCUGUUUAUGUUCUGGUUGACAGAUAUCAACCGUGCGAUUGAGCUGCUGGAUAAGCUACAGAGGACGGGAGAAGUUCCCCCUCAGAAGCUGCAGGCGCUGCAGAGGGUCCUGCAGAGUGAAUUCUGCAACGCUGUCAGAGAAGUUUAUGAACAUGUGUAUGAAACUGUGGACAUUAACAGCAGUCCUGAGGUGCGAGCCAACGCCACAGCUAAGGCAACAGUGGCAGCUUUCGCAGCAAGUGAGGGACACUCACAUCCACGUGUGGUUGAACUGCCCAAGACGGAAGAAGGUUUAGGAUUUAAUAUAAUGGGUGGAAAGGAACAAAACUCCCCGAUUUACAUCUCACGGAUCAUCCCAGGAGGCAUCGCUGACCGACAUGGAGGCCUUAAACGAGGGGACCAACUUCUCUCUGUUAACGGGGUGGUACGUUCAAUAAAUUAGUAAGGAAAAUUAGAAGCUUUAGCCUGACAAUACAUUUAUGGACAGUUGAUGUUCCUCAAAGUACAGCUGCAUGCAAGUUUACAAGUGAUGCUUCCAUAGACUGCUCAUGCAGUAGGAUUUAGACCUCUGUGAUCGGUACCCGCUGCAGAAACAAUCAAGUUUAAAUCUUCAGUGUUUCUCCAUCUGACACAU